AUGCACUCAAAUCUAGGACUCGCAGGACUUGCAGGACUCUUGGCCACUGCGUCUGUGUGCUUGUCUGCUCCAGCAGAUCAGAAUAUCACCAGUGACACUUACUUUUAUGGACAGUCGCCUCCUAUAUAUCCAUUGCCUGAGGGAAGCGGGACUGGCUCCUGGGCCGCCGCUUAUGCAAAGGCAAAGAACUUUGUUGCCCAGCUCACCCCAGAGGAGAAAGUCAACCUUACUGCUGGGACUGACGCCAAUAAUGGCUGUUCUGGCAACAUUGCGGCUAUUCCGCGACUGAAUUUUCCCGGGCUGUGUGUAUCUGACGCUGGCAAUGGCCUUAGGGGAACCGACUACGUGAGCAGCUGGCCAAGCGGACUACAUGUUGGUGCCAGCUGGAACAAAGCUCUAGCUAAGCAAAGGGCCAUCCAUAUGGCCAAAGAGUUCCGCAAGAAAGGUGUCAAUGUCAUACUUGGACCCGUCGUCGGUCCCCUGGGUCGUGUGGCUGAAGGCGGACGCAACUGGGAGGGUUUCUCAAAUGAUCCGUACUUGAGCGGUGCCUUGGUCUACGAGACCGUCGAUGGAGCGCAGUCGGUUGGGGUUGCGGCUUGCACCAAGCAUUACAUCUUGAAUGAACAAGAGACAAAUCGAAACCCGGGAACGGAGGACGGCGUGGAUAUCGCGGCAGUCUCUUCCAACAUCGAUGACAAGACCAUGCACGAGCUGUACCUCUGGCCUUUCCAAGAUGCCGUCUUGGCCGGCAGUGCUUCCAUCAUGUGCUCAUACAACCGCGUCAACAACUCCUACGGCUGUCAAAACAGCAAGACUCUCAAUGGUCUCUUGAAGACCGAGCUCGGAUUCCAAGGAUAUGUAAUGACCGAUUGGGGCGCUCAACAUGCCGGAAUCGCGGGUAGUCUGGCCCCGCUGAACCGCAACCUCGAAACUGACAAAGACAGGAUCAUCGCUUCGUGGUAUCAGAUGAACCAGGACUCUGACUUUCCGUCUCUUGGCGUCGGCAUGCCGACGGACAUGUAUGCACCUCAUCAGCGGGUAAUAGGAAGGGAAGCGUCGUCCAAGCAGACAUUACUCCACGGUGCUAUUGAGGGCCAUGUCCUCGUCAAGAACACCAACAGCGCCCUGCCACUCAAGUCACCUCAACUGCUCUCGGUAUUCGGAUACGAUGCUAAGGGACCGGAUGGCCUGAAGCAAAACUUCAACUGGUUGUCAUACAGCCCUGCCAUUCAGGAAAAUCACACCCUGUGGGUUGCAGGCGGUUCUGGGGCAAAUAACGCUGCGUAUGUCGACGCUCCGAUGGAUGCCAUCCAGCGCCAGGCCUACGAAGACGGCACGUCCGUGUUGUACGACCUUUCAUCAGAGGAUCCCGACGUUGAUCCAACCUCUGAUGCGUGUCUGGUCUUCAUCAACUCCUACGCCACAGAAGGGUGGGACCGUCCUGGACUUGCCGACAACUCGAGCGAUACCCUGGUGAAGAACGUUGCUGGGAAAUGCGGCAACACUAUUGUCACCAUCCACAACGCCGGGAUCCGGGUGGUCGGCGAGUGGAUUAACCAUGAGAAUGUGACUGCUGUCAUCUUCGCUCAUCUACCAGGUCAGGACAGUGGAAGGGCAUUGGUAGAGUUGUUCUACGGCCGGGCCAAUCCGUCCGGAAAGCUGCCGUACACGGUGGCUAAGAAGGCCGACGACUACGGUAGUCUGUUGCAUCCGUCCCUGCCAGAGACCCCAUAUGGACUGUUCCCGCAGUCGGACUUUGACGAAGGGGUGUACAUUGACUACCGCGCCUUUGACAAGGCCAACGUCACCCCACAGUUCGAGUUCGGCUUUGGGUUGUCGUACACGAGCUUUGAGUAUUCCGGACUGCGGAUAAGCAGUCCUAAGAAAUCUCCGCAAUAUCCUCCGUCAGCCACUAUCCAGCAAGGUGGAAACCCUCAUCUCUGGGAUAAAAUUGUCACAGUUUCUGUGCAGGUCAAGAACACUGGACGUGUCGCCGGUGCCGAGGUGGCACAGCUCUACGUUGGCAUCCCCAAUGGCCCCGUACGGCAAUUGCGUGGAUUUGAGAAGGUCGAUGUCUCAGCAGGGGAGACGGCAAAGGUGCAAUUCGCCUUGAAUCGGCGUGAUCUGAGUACAUGGGAUGUCGGGGCUCAACAGUGGUUGUUGCAGCGGGGGACAUAUCGGUUGUAUGUUGGACGGUCGAGUCGGGAUCUCCCUUUGACGGGGUCAUUUACUCUGUAG